UUUAACCGCCAGAGUUCGCCUGGUUCGCCUGCGCCGGACUUUUAUUCCUCCACGAAACGUCAUUGUAUCAACGUCACAUCCGCCAUCUAGCAAAAAUCAGCUGCCGCUGAGCGUGCUGCGUUCCUCUCAUAAAUGAUAACGGUGGACUUCAAGCGCACCUGUUCAUCGAAGGGCAGCGAAGGGCGGCAGCCAUGCUACUACGGGCUCUCGUGCCAAUGCUCGUGCGUGCCGGCGCGAGGCAGUCGUGUCGGGCUGCCUCUUCAGCAAAACGCUUUGACCACCGGGAUGUGUUCCUGCUGGAAGAGCAGCUGACUGAGGAAGAGCGCCUGGUGCGAGACACGGUGCGCGACUACUGCCAGGCACGGCUGCAGCCACGCGUGCUCCUGGCCAACCGGCACGAGACCUUUGACCGGGACAUAGUUUGCGAGCUGGGGGAGCUGGGUGUGCUGGGCAGCACCCUGCAGGGAUACGGCUGUGCAGGCACCUCCUAUGUGGCAUAUGGCCUCACCGCCCGGGAGGUGGAGAGGGUGGACAGUGGCUACCGCUCGACCAUGAGUGUGCAGUCCUCUCUGGUGAUGCUGCCCAUCUACCUGUUUGGCACUGAAGAGCAGAAGCAGAAGUACCUGCCGAGGCUGGCCAAGGGUGAACUGUUGGGCUGCUUUGGUCUCACCGAGCCCAACCAUGGCAGCAACCCUGGCGGCCUCGAAACCCGUGCACGACACGAUCCUUCGGCACGCACCUACACACUCAAUGGUUCAAAGACUUGGUCAGUAGACUCCUUUUCCAC